AGGAAUUUCCUAACGAGUAACUAGUGACGAGGAAGUUCCUCGUUACUAGUGUCGCCGUCAACGCACUCAAUUACGCCAAAUCUGGCUACACCGCGCAGGAAUGACUAUGCCGUUUCAUUUAAUGGUCGAACACUGAACGUGAAAUGGGACAAAAUCAGUCGGGUACCGGAGGUUCGGGAGGUGAUAAAAAGGAUGAUAAGGACAAGAAGAAGAAGUAUGAACCACCUAUUCCAACAAGGGUGGGCAAAAAGAAGCGACGUAUAAAAGGACCCGAUGCUGCAUUAAAAUUGCCACAAGUUACACCACAUACGCGUUGCAGAUUGAAACUUUUAAAAUUAGAACGUAUAAAAGAUUACUUGUUAAUGGAGGAAGAAUUUAUUAGAAACCAAGAACGUCUAAAGCCGCAAGAAGAGAAAAAUGAAGAGGAAAGGUCUAAAGUUGAUGAUUUAAGAGGAACGCCGAUGUCCGUUGGAACAUUAGAAGAAAUCAUUGAUGAUAAUCAUGCUAUAGUUUCUACAUCUGUAGGCUCUGAGCAUUAUGUGUCAAUUUUAUCGUUCGUGGAUAAGGAUCAAUUGGAACCUGGAUGUUCUGUGUUAUUGAAUCAUAAGGUUCAUGCAGUUGUUGGGGUUUUGGGUGACGAGACAGAUCCUAUGGUUACAGUAAUGAAACUAGAGAAAGCUCCGCAAGAAACUUAUGCUGAUAUUGGUGGUCUUGACACGCAAAUUCAAGAAAUCAAGGAGUCCGUUGAAUUACCUUUAACUCAUCCAGAAUAUUAUGAAGAGAUGGGUAUUAAACCUCCCAAGGGUGUUAUACUUUACGGUCCACCAGGAACUGGGAAAACAUUAUUAGCCAAAGCCGUAGCAAAUCAGACUUCUGCAACUUUUCUAAGAGUUGUCGGAUCUGAACUCAUACAGAAAUAUUUAGGCGACGGACCAAAACUUGUAAGAGAGUUAUUUAGAGUUGCAGAAGAACAUGCCCCGUCGAUUGUGUUUAUAGAUGAAAUAGACGCUGUAGGCACAAAACGAUACGACAGUAACAGCGGCGGAGAACGUGAAAUUCAAAGAACUAUGCUAGAACUCUUAAAUCAACUCGAUGGUUUCGACAGUCGAGGAGAUGUUAAAGUAGUUAUGGCUACAAACAGAAUUGAAACUCUAGAUCCAGCAUUAAUCAGACCAGGUCGCAUAGAUAGAAAGAUAGAAUUUCCAUUACCAGAUGAAAAAACAAAAAGAAGAAUUCUCAGCAUUCAUACUAGCAGAAUGACAUUAGCACCCGAUGUAAAUCUGGCAGAAUUGAUUAUGGCUAAAGACGAUCUUUCAGGCGCAGAUAUAAAAGCUAUAUGUACUGAAGCUGGUUUAAUGGCACUGCGUGAACGCCGUAUGAAAGUUACCAGUGAUGAUUUCAAAAAAUCUAAAGAAAGUGUUCUGUAUCGGAAAAAAGAAGGUUCACCCGAGGGAUUAUAUUUAUAAGAAUAC